AUUUAAAUAAGUAAACAUAGCAUAAUUGCCUCAUUAAAACCAUUAAUUUGAAUGAAAAUAGACGAUAAUUUAAUCUAAUCCAUUUUUAUUACCGCUGCCGCUGUAGCUGUCACAAAUGUCAGAUUUGUAUUUCAAACCCCAGCUGUGAUGUUUUAACCAUUUAUUUUUAAUAUGCCUCUCACAAAUAUUUGCAAACUGAUCCGGCACGAAACCAAAGUAGCUACAACAUGUUUUACGUUAAGUUUAUUAGUCUUUUCAUGCAUCGAAAUAGUUUGCUUAUACCAUUUAAGUAAUAUACUUGCAAUAUGUGGUUUGUUUACCCUAUUAUUCUGUGCCAUAAUAUCCUCAAUUUACGUUAUUUACGUACAAGAUGACUUCCAGAUUGCUAUUCGAGCUAGUUUUUUGGGGACCUUUUUUGCGCUAGGAGUUUACAUAUACCUCGCUACGCCCAGCUAUGUACAAAUAUUCGGGAUUUACAUGUGUGUAAUGGCAUUCUUCCAUUUUAGCGAAUACAUUGUUAUUUCUCUUAUACAACCCCAGGAGUUGUCAACAAAUUCAUUUUUAAUUAACCAUAGUCCUCAGUAUAAUAUUGCAGCCGUUACAUCAUGGAUUGAGUUUUUUCUUGAAGCUUACUUUUUGGCUGAAAUUAAAAAAUAUCAUUGGAUUUCAUAUUUUGGGUUGCUAGUAUGCAUUCUUGGUGAAUUAUUGAGAAAAAUUUCAAUGUUGACUGCUGGAACAAGCUUUAAUCAUGUGGUUGCUUAUGAAAAAUCCAGCAAACAUCAUUUGGUUACAAACGGAGUAUAUGCUUGGUUCAGACACCCAAGUUAUGUGGGAUGGUUUUAUUGGUCCAUUGCCACUCAAAUUGUUCUGAUAAACCCCUUUUGCAUAUUGGCUUAUGCAGCUGCAAGUUGGAUGUUUUUCAAUGGGAGAAUCAUCAUGGAGGAGAUUACUUUGUUGAAUUUCUAUGGACAACAUUACUGUGAUUAUCAGAAAAAAGUAUCGACUGGAAUUCCCUUCAUUAUGGGAUAUAGGAUUAACUAGGAAUAUGUGUAAAUACUUACUUCCUUUCUCUUAACAAGACUUUUUAAUUUAAUUCAUUUAUGUACAUAUAUACUUUAUUCUAUCAAUUUUAUUUUGUUUAUUUUUUUAUAGAAUGUAUUGUUUAUGUUGUUUUCUGUGAAUAAUAUACUAAUUAUGUACU